AUGAGUGUUUUGGAUGCUACAAAAAGUUCUCCCGUAGACGUUUCAACUGUACUUCCAGUUACGGAAGUGAAAAUGAAUGAUGCGAAAAUUUUAACCACACCUACCCCAAAAGCUACCCAAUUACUUGAAAUAAAAGACAAGCACACUACAACUUCAGAAGAAGUACCAUCAUCGUCUGUUGAAUUGGCAUUUUCUGCUGUGGAAAAAGACGGAGAAGAAUCACCUCAAAAUGCAGAUGUCAUUUCUCCAGAUCUAAACGAACCCACUGAGAGUUCCUUGCUAUUGCUAAGUUCUGUUUCAACAGUACGCACGCCAACGAAUCGAUUUGGAGUUAAAGUUGCUCAAUCUAAGAAGAAUUACGAUCAGCCAGCACACGAAGAAAUGGGUGAAUUAGCCCCUACUCCAGCAUUUCCGUUAUUUCCAUCUCAUAGCCAUGGCCGUCCCAUGCAACAGGAUCCUGCAAAAAGUGAAGCUACCAGAAAUUCCGAGUCUGGAGGAAAAUUAUCAGAGAUGGAUUAUAGUGCAAAGAAAACUUUUCCUUCAAAGGGCACACCUGGGAAAACCGAAACAAAGUAUUCUUUAAGGUGGCCGCCAGCUGGACAUAUACCAGGAGAACAAAAAGGAGCAACUCGAAAUUUUACAUCGAACUAUUCAAAAAAGCGACCUGCUGUGUUACCUAUUCCGGGAGAAGGUGUGUGUCGCAUUGGAGGCAUCGUCUAUCAAAAUGGGCAACCUUUCGCAUCAAGGGAUCCUUGCAAGAUUGACUGUCACUGCAUCAACAGCGUCAUUUUGUGUACUGAUGUUAUCUGUGAGCAAAAACCUGAGACACCUGACAACUGCCAAAAGAUUAUCGACGCAACAAAAUGCUGCCCAGAAUAUGUUUGUGAAAAUGAAACAUCCAGCGUCCUGACAACUUCAAGUACUACAAUUUAUAAGGUUGAUACGACUGUGCCUCCUGUACUCUCAGAUAAAAUUGAUUUCAUUACAGAAGACCAUCCAUCCUCUGAUGAAGAAAGUACAACUUACAAACAUCCCACGCACCCUAAUGAAGCAGCUGGUGAGAAAAGCACUUCAGAAAAGGAAUCAUCUACUUUUCCCGCUUCAACAACAGAAGAAUUUGACGGGACAUCAACUCAAAAACCAGAAGAUGAAUCAUCUACCAUCAAAACAGUUUCAAGUACUACAACUGACAUUGACACGACAACUUCUCCGAUACUCUCAGGUGACAUUCAUCUCAAUGUGAACGACCAUCCAUCCUUUGAUGAAGAAAGUACUGCUUCCAAACCUUCCGCGCACACUGAUGAAGCCGCAAGUGAGACAAACAUUUCAGAACAAGAAUCAUAUAAUUUUCCCUCUACAACAACAGAAAAAUUUGAUGGCACUUCAACUCAAAAAUUAGAAGAUGAAUCAUCCACCGUCAAAACAGUUUCAAGUACUACAACUUACAUUGACAUGACCACUUCUUCUAUAAUCUCAGAUGAUAUUCAUAUCAGUUUAAAAGACCAUCUAUCCUCUGAGGAAGAAAGUGCAGCUUCCGAACAUCCCACGCACACUAAUGAAGCAGCUGGUGAGAAAAACAUUUCAGAAAAAGAAGCAUUUACUUUCCCCCCUUCAACAACAGAAAACUAUGAUGCACAUUCGACACAAAAUUCAGAAGACAUAACAGCCAGCGUCCAAGCAAUUUCAAGUACUACAAUAAAAUAUUUUGAGACGACAACCGUUCCUAAGCCCUCAGAGGCCAUUGAUUAUGAAUUAAAAAACCUUACAUCACUUGAUGAAAAAGCAUCGGAUUCUGAACUUUCAAUUGACACCAGUGAAGAUUAUGAUAAGAAAAUUAUAACAGAAAAACAAGCAUCUACUUUUCCUUCUUCAACAACAGAAGAAUUUGAUGGGCCAUCAACUCAAAAACCAGAAGAUGAAUUAUCUACCAUCAAGACAGGUUCAAGUACUACAACUUACAUUGAUACGGCAACCUCUCCUACACUCUCAGGUGACAUUCAUCCCAAUGUGAAAGACCAUCCAUCCUCUGAUGAAGAAAGUGCAGCUUCCGAACCUCCCACGCACACUAAUGAAGCAGCUGGUGAGAAAAACAUUUCGGAAAAAGAAUCAUCACCUUUUCCCUCUUCAGCAACAGAAAACUAUGACACGCAUUCGACACAAAAUUCAGGAGACAUAACAGCCAGCGUCCAAGCAAGUUCAAGUACCACAAUGAAAUAUUUUGAGACGACAACCGUUCCUAAACCCACUGAAGCCAAUGAUCUUGGAUUAAAAGACCUUACAUCAUUUGAUGAAGAGAAAGCAAGUUCCGAAUCUUCUAUUGACACCAGUGAAGCUUCUGAUGAAGAAAUCAUCACAGAAAAAGUACUUUCGGUAGAUCUGCAUGAUGAUGUUGCAGUAACGUUUACACCCACUUCAAAAGAUGAGAUUACGACUACUCAAUCAACUCCUGAAACAGACACAGAUGAAUUUCAAAAUACAUUUUCAACAAACCCACCACAAAAUAUAAUACUUUCCAGCAGUGAUAUACCAUCAAAAGAUUUGGACAAAAAUGAAAAUGUACUAGAUACAACAACAAAAGUUAUAUUAGAUGCAACUAUUCAUCAAAUAAAUCCUUCAAUGAAUGACUCUUAUUCGACUCUGAUAGUCGAACAUCAAAAAGAUGAAGAGAAGAUCAAAUUUACAACAGAGUCCAAAACUCAUGAAACUACUUUUUUAUCCAAUAGUAUAACAGAGACUACAGGUGAAGCAUCCACGAAAAAUUCUGAAGACAAGCAUUCUACACAAUCUGUUGAUGUUGAAGAUGUAACCGUAGAAAACGUAGUGAGUCAUUCUGUGAUUACAAAUGAGGUCCCGCAAUCAGCUACUGUAACUCUAAAAAUAGAUUCGGAUCAAGACGCAGAAGUUUCAAUACCAGGUGUAUUAGUUUCCAACAAACCUGAGACUAGUCCUCCUGAAGCAGCUGCGGUGGAAGAAUUAAGGUUUCCAACCCCAAUACCAACAGAAACUACGCCAGUUUUAACUCAAGAAGUAACUGAUGAGAUUAAAAUAGCAAUAGCAGAAGAACAUCCGCACAAAAUCAUUGAUACUUCCGAUCAUGAUGAAUUGCUAAGCUCAUCCUCAGACGAAAAGGUUUUUAAACCAGAAGUUGAUGAAGUCUUCGUCGUAAAUGAAGAUGGUCAUUUUACUGAAGUAGAUAAACACGUUACAGUUAUUGCUGAUAAAGAAUCAGAAUCAACUCAUAGUUUUUCUGAGAAGUCGACAGAAACACAAGAAAUGACACACCCGAUAACUUCGGAGGUUAGUAUCCAACACUCAUCCAUUCCAGGAGGAAUCAGCCAAUCGGUAGAUAAACAUUACACUGAAGUACAUGAAAUCAGCACAGCUAUCGUUCAUGAAGAUCUUUCAUCAGAAUCACCACAUAAAUUUUCUGACAAGUCAACGGAAAUACAAGAAGUUGCGCACCCAACAACUUCAGUAGUGAACAUUCAAACAACACCCGUUCCAGAAAUAAUCGAUCUAUCAGAAGAUGAAAAUAACAAUGAAGCAGACAAAAUUGCAACAGUUAUUGCUCACAAAGAUGUUACGUCAGAAUCAUAUCAUACAGUCGCGAACCCGCCAACUUCAGUAGUGAACAUUCAUGACACUUCUGUUGAAGAAGAAAUUAAUUUAUCAGAAAAGAAACAUUACACUGAAAUCAGUACAGUUAUAUAUGAAGAGGAUGUUACAUCAGAAUCAUCUCAUAGUUUUUCUGAAAAAUCAACAGAAACUCCUGAGGUCACACAUCAGACUACUUCAGAAAUGAACGUUCAAAACACAUUCUCUCCAGAAAAAACAAGUCUAUCAGGAGAUAAACAUUUCACUGAUGUAGGUGAAAUCACUACAUUUAUCACACAUGAAGAUGAUACAUUAGCAUCAGCUCAUAGUUUUGCCGACAAGUCAACAGAAACAGAAGAAGUCUCACACCCGACAACUUCAGUUAUAAACAUUCAAGACACAACAGUCAAAAAAGAAAUCAUUUUACCGAAAGAUAAACCUUACACUGAAAGAGAAGAAAUCUUUACAGAUAUCUCACAUGAAGAGGUUACAUCAGAAUCAUCUCAGAGUUUUUCUGAUAUGUCAACAGUAACACAAGAAGUCACACAUUCGACAACUUCCGUGAUAAGCAUUCAAGAUACAUCUAUUAAAGAAGGAAUCAAUUUAUCGAAAGAUAAACCAUACACGGAAGAAGAACUCACUACAGCUAUCUUUCAUAAAGAUGUUACAUCAGAAUCAUCUCAUACUUUUACUGAAAAAUCAACUGUAACAAAUGAAAUCAAACAACCGUCAACUUCAGUAAUGAACGUUCAAAGCACAUCCAUUCCAGAAGAAACCAGUCCAUCAGAAGAUAAACAUUUCACUAAAGUAGACGAAAUCACUAUAGAUGAAACAUAUGAAGAUGUUACAUUAGCACCAUCUCACAGUUUUCUUGACAAGUCAACAGAAAAGCAAUAUGUAGUACACCCAACUUCAGGGUUGAAAAUCAAAAACACAUCCGUUCCAGAAGAAAUCAAUUUGUUUGAAGAUAAAAAUUACAAUGAAUUGGACAAAAUUACUACAAUUAACGCUGGUAACGAUGUUACAUCGGAAUCAUCUCCGAGUUUUUCGGAGUCCACAGAGAAACAAGAAGUCGUACAUACCACAACUUUAGCGAAUAGCAUUCAAGAUAUAUCCACUUCAGAGGAAACAAAUUUAUCAGACGAUAAACGUUACACUGAGAUAGACUCAAUAGCUACAGUCAUCGCUGAUGAAGACACUGCAACAGAAUCAUCUCAUAUCGUUACUGAGAACCCAUUAAUCGGAAGCAAAACAGGUACUCACAAUGAAAUUGUUUUAAAUGUUGGACCUUCCGCGUUUACAAAACUUGGUCAUGGGAAUGCUCCAAAUGCUAGUGAUAUUUAUGUUAUACAGAUCAAUAACACUAUUUCAGAAAUGAUAGAAAUCAAAACACCGGCAGCUUCACAUGAAGAAAAUGAUCAGAAGUAUGGAAUGGAAAGCAAUGAAAAUCUUUUUGCUAUCACUAUAACUCCAUUUCAGAGCAAUGAAGAACAUUUAACUACAUCAACGGAAUUGAAUCCUUUUGAGUUGAAGUCGACAACGGAACAAAAAUUACCUUCUACAGAAAUAAUUAACAAUACGCAGUUCACAGAAGAGGAAAAAGUUGAUCCUCAUAAAGUAAUUGAUUUGUCUGCAGAAAAAGUAACAGUUACAGAUACAACACAAAAAGCCGAUAGUGAAGCUAUUUCCUUAAAAGUAUCUACGACAGAAAACAUCGAAUCAACAGAAACACAAUUUACUGUAACAAGUAUAUCUGAGAGUACAACUAUUCCUAGCAUUCAGGCCCAUAAUGACGACAGUAACUCAAGAGAUGUUGAAAAGGACCUUUCUACUCCAGUUAGGCAAACGAGUUCACAAAGUUUCGAAACCGUUCCUGAACCUGCUCUUAUAAAAGUACCAGAAGGAGAUAUUUUGACUGCUCAGGGGUCUGCCAUACAGCCUGAAAACUUGUUAAUGGAAAAUACUAAUCGGUUAGAAGUUUCACCACAUGAACAUGCUGCUCCCGAAUCUUUGUCCUCAUCAACCAUUAAUAGUGAAAUUACAACGCAUGAUCCAAUCUCUUCCAUUAGUGUGGAUAGUAAGGAUAAUUUGAAGGAACAGCAAGCUAUUUCAACGGCUACAUACCUCACACAUAACUCAACGUAUUCGUUUACUGAUGAAAACACUCAUCAUCCCAGUAAACCAGAGGAAUCAAUUGAAGAGAACACUACUCCUGAAAAAGCAAACGAUUUGGAGGAUAGUGAAAUAACUGCAGCCGAUUUACACCUUGGAAGUGUUUCUUCCCUUAUCACUGUUUCAGAGAAAAUACAACAGCCAUUUGUAUCAUCGACUGCAGAAGAUAUUAACGGGGAAAGUACAGUUGCAUCCCCUACAGGAGGGUUAAAAGAGUUACAGACGGAUUCUUAUGACAAUACAGUUGAAACGACUAGUCUUCAGUUCCAAAAUCCAUUAACGGAUGACGGAUCUCUUGAUUAUGACUCUAACUAUUCAUCAAAUGCUGCUGAAAUGAAAUUAAAUUCCAGUAGCUUAAUUAUUGAACAGUUUACCAUUCCGGAUUCCGAUGAAAGUGAUCAGCAUUCGUUUACUAUGCUUACUACAAAAGCAAACUCUUCUUCACUCGAAAACACUUCUGAUGGCAUAUAUAACCUUCAUUCGUUUACUCAGACAAUUGAAGAAAAUGAUUUUUCUACCGAAAGGGAACCACUUUUACCGUCAUCUACAGGAUUUGAGGAAACAAGUGAAGAACCAGAGAAAGAGCAGGACAGCAUGAAGAAAACCGAAUACACGACGCCUUCGGUUUCGAGUACAGUAUAUUUUACGGAAUCAUAUACCGACAAAAUCAGUACUAUGACAGAAAUUAAGGCCUCGUCAGAAAACAAAAAGAAAGAAACUCUUCAGACAACGGAACUGUCAGAAGAGCCUUCUCUUGUAACGGACCAACAUCAUAUUGAGGAGUUCAGUUCAACGAUGAAAACUUCAACCGGUACCGCUGCCGUUUCUGAAAAGAUCCCAACAGAUUUGAGCUCAUCUGAUGUAACACAGCAAUCAUCAAGUUUUCCUCCAACUGAAAAUAAAGAAAAAGAAGAAGAGCUGCAAACAGAUGCCGCACUAAUUACAAACAAGAUUUUCACUCUUCCAGAAAAAGAGGAAUCGCAUCAUGAAAAUCAAAAUGUCGGCUUGUCGAGUAUUUCAGAUGAUAAAGAAAAUACAAGUGGUUUAACUGAAAAUAUCACUACUGAAAUAAUUACUGAACUCCCACAUUCAACUUCUGUCUCACAACAUUUCACUUCUGAUUACCCUACAUCGUUUACUGACCCGAAAAGUAUUCUUAGUACAACAGAGAAGUAUUCAGAUUCUACAGAGGAGAGUUCGAAUGAAAUAUUAGAAACUGAGAGGCUUGGUGUCUUAAUUGACCAGAAAAACGUACACUCAACUUCCGUAGACGAAAUUAAUGACUUAAGUGAGGAAUCAACAAACAUAAUAAUGAACAGUAACGACCAAGAUAAAGAAAACGCUAGUUCUGCUGCUAGUACAAAUGACAGUCAUAAGAUUUUUGAAGAACCGAAAUUAACAUCCUUUGAAAACACAGAAACAACACUGGAUACAAGCGGAGGAUCUCAAUUUUCUGUUGGUACUGAUGAAGACGAGGAAUCAGUGAACAUAAUAUCGGAGAAUAAUGGCCAAGAAAAAGGAAAUACCAGUCCUACUGCUAGUACAAAUGACAAUCAUAAAAUUUUUGAAGAACCGAAAUUAACAUCCUUUGAAAACACAGAAACAACAAUGGAUACAAGCGGAGGAUCUCAAUUUUCUGUUGGUACUGAUGAAGACGAGGAAUCAGUCAACAUAAUACCGGAGAAUAAUAGCCAAGAAAAAGAAAAUACUAGUCCUACCGCUAGUAAAAAUGACAGUCAUAUUGUUUUUGAAGAACCAAAAGUAGAAAAUGUCACCCAGGAUAAAAUAAUUUUGCCUACAACGGCAACGCUGUAUACAACAGAAGGAUAUUCAAAGAACUCUGAUACAAUACAGCUUGGAGAUUCUUCAUCGAAAUUAUCCGCUUUGCUGACGACUCAUCCAUAUCUCAGUACCUUAAUAGAAGCUCGAACUACUGUACGACCCUCUAGUCCUACAAUUACAUCAGUUGAUGUCCCUACCACGUCAGAACAUCCUCCUACAAAACUUGUAUGCUUAUACAACGGCGAUGUGUACCAUUCGGCAGAAGAGGUGCCGCGAGCAGACCCUUGCGAAUUCUGCUUUUGUUUCCGAGGCGAAAUUAUUUGCCUCCAGCAAACGUGCCCUCCACCUAUCCACGGAUGCUUUGCAACUCCUAUCCGAGGAUUUUGCUGUCCAAGAUUUCACUGCCCUGUUCAAGAAAAGUACUUUAAUUCUACCUCUCCGUUUGAAGCGAUCCCUAGAUCUAGACUUAGUUACAUGUUGCAGAAAACGCCCUCAGCCACAGGCUGUGAAAUCGAGGGGGUCAUCUACAGAAUCCAUCAGCUCGUCCGUCCGUCGAGCGGCCCAUGCAUGCAAUGCCGUUGUGAAGCUGGAGGCGUGAUGAGAUGCGAUCCAAGAGAUUGCCAGCCACAACCACCUCUCGUUUUGCGACUCAACCGAGAUUUUUUUAAGAGAAAAUAG